UAAAUAAUAAUAUUGUUAUAGAUAAAAUAUAUCAUCUUAUUUGUUUAAAAUCUGAUUAAAAUCUUGUGUGCUUUAAUUAUGAAUAAUCAGGAUAUAGGGCGCAGUUUAAUUCGUGCGAUUCGUAAUGGAGAACUGGAAACAGCAAGGGAGUUAAUAAAUUCUUACGGGCUGCCAUAUUCAGAAUCAUCGCCAAAAGGAUAUGAUUUACUUUGUGAUGCUCUUGAUAAUAAACAUUCGGAGAUUGCUAAAUUACUUUUAACAAGCGGCUCUGAAGUCAACAGUAAAACAUACAAUUAUAAAAACUCUUCUAAUACUCCCCUUCAUUUUGCUGUUAUAAAUGAUGACAUAGAAAUUAUAAAGAUGCUUCUAGUCAGAGGUGCUAAUAUUAAUACUCAAAAUCGCUUUGGCCAAACUCCACUCCAUAAAGCGAUUGAAAAUAAUGAUCAAGUAGAAAUUAUCGAAUUACUUUUAAAACAUAAAGCUGAUAUAAAUGCUGAAGACGAAUGCAGAAAAACCCCACUAUUUAAGGCUAUUGAAAAUAAAAAUUUAAAAAUUACCAAGCUACUUUUAGAUAAUGGAGCAAAUGUUAAAGAUGAUCCCAAGCUAUUGCAUAGUGCUACUAUGGGGGAGUGCACGGAAAUCGUUGAACUUCUUUUGCAACAUAAUGCUGAUGUUAAUGUUAAAGAUGGUUGUGGUCAAACUCCACUUUAUAAUGCGAUUCAAAAUAAUCGAUUAGAAAUUAUUGAAUUACUUUUAAAACAUGAAGCUGAUGUUAAUGUUAAAAAUCGUUUUGGUCAAACUCCACUUUAUAAUGCGGUUAAAAAUUAUCAAUUAGAAAUUACUGAAUUACUUUUAAAACAUGAAGCUGAUGUUAAUGUUAAAAAUCUUUAUGGUCGAACUCCACUUUAUAAAGCGAUUAAAAAUAAUCAAUUAGAAAUUACUGAAUUACUUUUAAAACAUAAAGCUGAUAUAAAUGCUCAAGACGUAGAGAGAAAAACCCCACUAUUUUAUGCUAUUAAAAAUGAAAAUUUAAAAAUUACUAAGCUACUUUUAGAUAAUGGAGUAAAUGUAAAAGAUUAUCCCCAGCUAUUGAAUAUUGCUGUUAGGGGGAAGUGCACGAAAAUCGUUGAACUUCUUUUGCAACAUAAUGCUGAUGUUAAUGUUAAAAAUUGGGGUCAAACUCCACUUUUUGAUGCGAUUCAAAAUAAUCGAUUAGAAAUUAUUGAAUUACUUUUAAAACAUAAUGCUGAUGUUAACGCUACCGAUGAAAACGGUAACACAGCAUUGCUUUUAAAUGUAAGUGAUUAUGAAGAUUGUUAUAAAUAUCGUACUGAUAGAUAUUCUUAUGUUAAUAUAAAGAGGAAAAUUACUAAACUGCUUCUUGAUCAUGGUGCUAAUGUAGACGCUCAAACUCCAGAUAGUGAGACGCUACUUCAAUUUGCUAUCUGGAAUGAAUAUUCACAAGUUGUUGAAGUUCUGUUAGAAUAUAAUGCAAACGUCAAUGUUAGAGAAAAAAUAAGUCUCGAGACACCACUCCAUAUGUCUGCACGAAGAAAAAAUGUAGAAAUUUGUGAAAUGCUUUUGAAUAAAGGAGUUGACGUAGAUGCUGUGGAUUGUGAUGGAUUGACAGCGUUGCACAUGGCAACACUAGAAGGUUCCAACGAUAUUGUAAAACUAUUGCUUGAACGUGGUGCUAAAGUUGAUUCUAAAACUAAAUGUAAUAUUACACCCCUGCAUUUCAGUGCUCUAAACGGAUCCCAGGAAAUCAUGGAAACUCUCUUGAAAUCCAGUGCUGAUAUUAAUUUUAGAACAAUCGGUGGAGAUACAGCACUCCACAUUGCAUCUAAAGAAGGUCAUGUUAAAGUUGUUACAACUCUCUUGGAGUAUGGAUCUGAUAUUAAUAUUACGACUAGAAACAAUCGUACACUUCUUGAUUAUGCUAAAACUGCUGAAACUAUUGAAAGUCUUAUACGCCACAUAAUUAGAAUGAAAACCGCAAAUUUAUAUGUUAGUCAACAAAAUUUGCUUUCAGUUGAUGGAAUUUAUUAUCCUGAUUUUCAGGAAAAAUGUGAGAAUGAAAUAACAAGCAUGAAGAGCGAGAAGAUGAAUAAUUAUAAUAUUUCAUUUUAUGAUAUCUUGAUAAAGAACACUGAUUCUUUAGCAAUAUGUUUGAGGAACGAAAAUAUAGUGCAGAUUCUAAAAUUAGACGACUAUAAAACAAAAUUUCCAAUAUAUGGAAGCAUGAUUAAAAGCCGUUUCAGAAAUGGUAUGAAAAGAAACGAGUUACUUGAUCAAGGGAAUAAAAUUUUACAUUUUCUUUUUGCCAACCAUCUUCAAUUACCACAAGAAUGUACUGAAAAAAUAUUUAGUUAUUUGAGUGACGAAGAUUUAAAGAAAAUCAUCGAAAAAAGUAAAGAUAAGUAGACGCUCCUAGAAAAUUUUAUUUAAGUUUCUUACGUUUGAAUUUUACGAGUGAAGUCAAUUAUCUCGAUAAAUAACGAUUUUACACGAAAAAUUAUUUUAUUUAUGGUUAAAAUUAAAGUUUUACGGAGACAUACAGUCGCUACUUAGUAUUAACAUUCCCCUGUACUUCGAUUAACGCAAACCUCGAUGGGCUAAAUUUACAGAUUAAAGAUUCGCUAAUUUGUUUUGUACCGGAAUAUU